AAAAUUUAGUAUUAAAAAAAAAAAAAAAAAAUUCAGUUGGCAAUUAUAAAUAGACCAAGCCAUAGACUCAAAGAUUUCAAAGUUCUUUGUUUCUAAAUUUAUCACAAACUUCGUAUUAGUGAGCUUCCUCCUGCUUCUCUUUCAACGGUUAGAGAGAAAUCGGAAGGAAAUGGCACGCAAGAAGAUCAGAGAGUACGAUUCCAAGAGAUUGUUGAAAGAGCACUUCAAGAGGCUCUCUGGCCGUGAACUACCCAUUAAAUCAGCCCAAGUCACGGAAUCAACAGAUUUCAAUGAGUUAGCCCAAAACGAACCUUGGCUUUCGUCGAUGAAGUUGGUUGUGAAACCUGAUAUGUUGUUUGGGAAGCGUGGGAAGAGCGGUUUAGUUGCCUUGAAUCUCGAUUUGGCUCAAGUUGCUAUAUUCGUGAAAGAGCGUCUUGGCAAAGAGGUUGAGAUGGGUGGAUGUAAAGGACCUAUUACGACAUUCAUUGUAGAACCUUUCAUCCCACACAACGAAGAGUUCUAUCUUAAUAUCGUCUCAGACCGAAUUGGGAAUAGCAUAAGCUUUUCAGAAUGUGGAGGAAUUGAAAUUGAAGAGAACUGGGAUAAGGUUAAGACUGUAUUUAUCCCAACAGGAGUGUCUCUUACGUCAGAAUUAUGUGCUCCACUUGUUGCGACGCUUCCUUUGGAGAUCAAAGUAGAGAUUGAGGAGUUUAUCAAAACAGUUUUUACACUAUUUCAAGACCUGGACUUCACUUUCCUAGAGAUGAAUCCUUUUGCUUUGGUUGAUGGAAAGCCUUAUCCUUUGGAUAUGAGAGGCGAGUUGGAUGAUACUGCUGCUUUCAAGAACUUUAAGAAGUGGGGCAGUAUUGAAUUUCCAAUGCCAUUUGGAAGAGUUAUGAGUCCUUCAGAGAGCUUUAUUCAUGGACUAGAUGAAAAGACUAGUGCUUCUUUGAAAUUCACAGUUUUGAACCCUAAGGGACGAAUUUGGACCAUGGUAGCUGGAGGAGGUGCAAGUGUUAUCUAUGCAGAUACGGUUGGGGAUCUUGGCUACGCUUCUGAGCUUGGAAACUAUGCAGAAUAUAGUGGAGCUCCCAAUGAAGAUGAAGUGUUGCAAUAUGCCAGAGUUGUACUUGAUUGUGUAACUGCUGAUCCUGAUGGCCGUAAGAGAGCCCUUGUAAUUGGAGGAGGAAUAGCUAACUUUACUGAUGUUGCUGCUACAUUUAAUGGUAUAAUUCGUGCCCUGAAGGAGAAGGAAUCAAAACUUAAAGCAGCAAGGGUGCACAUUUAUGUGAGGAGAGGAGGUCCUAACUACCAGAAAGGCCUGGCAAAAAUGCGUGGACUUGGAGAGGAAAUUGGCAUCCCAAUUGAGGUUUAUGGGCCUGAAGCAACAAUGACCGGAAUAUGCAAACAGGCAAUCGAGUGUAUCACUGCAGCUGCAUAAUCAACUGCUGAAGAUUUAUCUCUGUUGUACUUCUAUUUUCAUUUUCAUGGCAAGUUUCAGGUGUCUAUUAAAUCUUAGUUCGACUUUCUUGGUACCAGAAACAUCAGCAAAGUGUAAUUCUAUUUGUUAAUGGACCAAAAUAAUGGUGUCCGAAGCUCUAGAUGUAAUCUGCCUGAUGUUAUUGUGUUACAAUAAUAAUGAGCUUAUACCGUUACAUUUUUCUCA